CUUUAAUAAAAAAUGUAAAAAUCUCAUUCUCCUCAGCCUCGUCGUACAAACAGCAAAUAUUCCUCCUUUCCCUUUAAAUUACCAAUGAAUAACCUCGCUCUUCCUUUAACCAACAGCCAUGUAUAGUCGGAUUAGGGUAGAAAGGUGAUAAUACAUGUAGGAUAACAAUCAGGCAAAAAGAUUAAAUAACUUUUAUAAGUCAAUACGAGGCCACUAAUAAAUCCAGCAAAAGUUCAAAUCGAUAUUGAAAAAUUGUAGAUCAUAAUGAAUGGGAAGUAUGAAAAAAAUAUCUCAAACACUUCUUACUCAAUGUAGGUUGAAAAUACUCUUAAAGAAUUUCGAACAAAGGUAGAUGAGCAAGAUAGUAUCAUUAGAUUGUAGGAAUUCAAGAUUAAUAGAUUACAAUAAGAACUCUUAUUCUCCAAAUAAUAAUAUUAGCGAAUGAUAUCAAAAUUUGUAUAGGUGGAUGGUAAAUAUAACUAUUAUCCGCAAUCGACUAAAUUAACAAAAUCUUAAAUUAGUAUACCAUAAAUUGAACCAAUGCCUUCAAUAAAUAAAAUUUUACAAGUGGACAAUAAAAAGAAAAAAAAUAUAAUAGAAAAAAUUUAAGGACUUGCUUGGGAAAAUAAAAAAAUAAAAGAGGAAGUUUAAAAUAAAUUUAAACAAGUUUUGCAAUUUGUAAAUGAAUUUGCGAUGACAGUCAUUUCUUAAGCUUCUAGUCUCUAUGUUUAAUAAAUAAAAGCUAUAGAAUCAAUUUAUGAAAUACACAACAAGUAAUUUGAAAUUAAAUAAUAGUUUUAACAUGAAUGAUUACUAAGGAAUGAGAGCUCAAUAUGAUAUAUUGAAUAGGGAAAUUUAAAUACUAGAAUAGUAAAAGGAAAUAUUAUAUGAUAAAGUAAUUUCAUUACUUUGAAAAUUAUU